AUGGGCGCCGUAUCUCUCCUCUAUCUGACAGCUUUCGGCGUAAGAUUGUUCCAAACCUGUUUGUUGAAGGCGACUGCUCAGCAUAUCAUCUUCCUAAUAAUCCAGUAUAGAAUUCCUAGCUUUAAGACCAAGUCUUGUCCAAAUGCAUUCGAGCCUCUAAUUUGGUAUGGUGUUGUCGUCAGGUCCUUCAAUCAAAGCUUACCAAUUAUCGCAGACGUCCACCAUACUUUCGUCCUCCUCCGCACAUUCAGUAACACCAAUGGCCCAUAUUUCAUGCUCGGCGAGGACAGUAUCAAGAACGGGUUGCCUCUGUCCACCGGUGCUCAUCACAAGCCCAUUAUCUUGAGCACCGACGUCAAUUUCUUGGGAUCAGGUGGUCGUUGGGCCUUCGCUAGUGUGGUGCGGACUGAACAUGCUCGGAUUGCAUAA